AUGUCCGAAUCCUACACUUGGCUAAUUACCGGAUCCAACCGUGGCUUGGGGCUCGAGCUUACUCGCCAGUUGCUUACCUCGCCAUCUAACACGGUGAUCGCCUCUUGUCGGACCCCGGACAAGGCAGCGGAGCUGCACGCUCUGAAGAACACCGCGAAGGGCACACUGCACGUCAUUCCUCUUGAUGUCAGUAGCGAGCAGUCUAUCCGUGAUUCAGUCAGACAUGUCGACACAAUACUUGCCGGCAGGGGGCUAGAUUAUCUGUAUAACAAUGCUGGCGUAAACCCCACGUACGACUCCCCAUUCGAGUUUUCCUACCCAGAAUUUCUGGAGGUACUCCAGACGAACGUUGGUGCACCCGCACUGCUCGGCCAGCUUUAUUUCCCGUACCUUGAGAAGGGGACACGCAAAGUAAUUGUGAACGUGUCUACUGGCCUUGCAAGCAUCGGCCUCAAUGCCGGGCCGAAGUGUAACUCGUACAGUAUUAGCAAGACAGCGUUGAACAUGCUGACGUAUAAACAAGCAAGGGCCCGUCCAGACUUUACUGCCAUCAUUCUCGAUCCUGGCUGGGUGAAGACUGUGAUGGGCGGGGAAGGUGCAGUUCUAGAGCCAGAGGAGAGUGUGACCGGGAUCCUGAAGGUCGUUUUAAAUGUCACGCCGAAGGAUUCCGGAAAAUUCUGGAGGUACAACGGCACCCAGCACCCCUGGUAA